ACCUUCCAGGAAGUGAGACAGACUGAGCCGUGGCUGGGGGACACACAGCAGCACCUGUCUGCAGACCACGGAUGGAUUUGGUGGGGCUGCACUGGAGGGAUGGCACAGCUGGGGAAAACUGCAGGAAGACAACCGUCAGAAGGGUGUUCCAGGGAGCAGCCAUGGCCACCCUGUACCCAUCUCUGGAGGACCUGAAGGUGGACCAAGUCAUCCAGGCCCAGGCCAGAGCCUUGCCCAGGAUGGCCACCCUGCCUGCCCAGGAGACGGCUGUCUCCCCACCCUCAGUUUUGUACCCAAACCUGGCAGAACUGGAGAGCUACAUGGGUCUUUCCCUCUCCAGCCGAGAAGUCCAGCAGAGCCUGCCUGGGAGUCCAGAGGGUGACUGUAAGGCGAUCUCCAGUCUCAUGCCUGGCCAGGUGGUGGCACCGGUGUCCGGGAACAACCUAGGCGUGCUGCGUGCGGAGAUCAAGCCCGGGGUGCGCGAGAUCCACCUGUGCAAGGACGAGCGCGGCAAGACCGGGCUGCGGCUGCGCGCCAUCGACAAGGGGCUCUUCGUGCAGCUGGUCCAGGCCAACACCCCGGCUUCCCUUGUGGGGCUGCGCUUCGGGGACCAGAUCCUGCAGCUUGAUGGGCGUGACUGUGCUGGGUGGAGCACAGAAAAAGCCCACCGGGCGCUGAAGAAGGCCUCGGCCGAGAAGAUCGUCAUGGUCAUUAGGGACAGACCUUUCCAGCGCACAGUCACCAUGCACAAGGACAGCUUGGGCCACGUUGGCUUCUUCAUCAAGAAGGGGAAGGUCAUAUCUGUGGUCAAAGGGAGCUCUGCCGCCCGUAAUGGGCUCCUCACCAACCACUACGUGUGCGAAGUGAAUGGGCAGAACGUCAUCGGACUGAAGGACAAAGCAAUCAUGGAGAUUCUGGCCUCAGCUGGAAAUGUCAUCACCCUGACCCUCAUUCCCACCGUCAUCUACGAGCACAUGGUCAAAAAGUUGUCCCCGACGCUUCUCCACCACACCAUGGACCACUCCAUCCCAGAUGUCUGAAGCCGCAGGAGGGCAGCUCGGCCAUCCCACCCUCCUGCAGGACCCUCUCGGAUGACAGGUUGCAGCUGGCCUGCUUCCUGGGCUGGGGGUCUCCAGGAGAGCACGUCUUAGGUGGGUGCGUUGGAUGGCGAGAGUCUGUCGCUCACAUACGCAGGCCUCCGGGGAGCCUCCGUCCUAGCCGGGCUGAGGCACGGGCAGUACCCAAGUGCGGCCCAUUCUCUGCACUUAUUUACAUGCUGGGCACGUGGACAGGCCGGCCAGACGCUUCUCAGAGUUGUAGCUGGGUCCCUUUGAAGAUCUUGCCUCUACCAGGAAAACGGCUCCCUGGUUCGAGAGAACAGAACUACAUUCUUCACGAGAAUCUCGCCUUUGCCUUUCCUUGCUUCUUGCUGCAGACUGAAAACUGGUCAUCCAGUUAGAAUCCUUGACUGUCUUUUGAAUAAAGAUUUGAUUGGAAAC